AUGAUGUCCGCACCUGCGCCUUACCCAGUUGUGCAGGCCUCGGCGCCGGCGCCGGAUGACCAUCAAAUCACCAAGCGGACGCCGUCAAUCUGCGUAGACUACCUCUCUCACAACUGGACCGACGAAGAUGUCUGGAGCAGCUGGAAGGCCAUGACAAAGAAAAAGAACGAGAUCGCCAACGGAGUCCGGUUGGAGAAUGCGAGCUGGAGAACUUGGGCAAAGCAGAGGGGAAAGCUCAAGACCAUCAGCCCAGAGACACUGAACUGGCUCAAGGACAGCGAUGUUACCUGGCUUUAUGGUCCCCUUCACGAGCAUGCUGAACCUGUGCCGCCGCCAAAGGUGGCGAGCACCCAAGAUCGGCUGGACCUCGACACAUCGCGCAUGACUAAGUCUAUUCUCAAGCACCGGACCAUCUCCGAAAUGCUCACGACACCAGGUCGAAGCGCAAGCCCAAACAUGGAGUUCCCUUCGAGUGUCGAUGCGUCGAGAGAGACGAGUGACGACGAAGAAGAGGCAGUCGCAGGGCAAGGCUCGUCAAGAUCAAGCGGGAGACCGGCGAUCUUUGCCGUCCGGAGUGACACCAACCUCAGCGCGAAGAAGCGCAGGACGGGCGGAAGCCCUCCGGCUAGCGAGCGUCUGCUGCAGAAGCUCGACCAAGCCCCAGGCCCUGUCAGCGAGAGGAGCAACAGCAGCAACAACGUAAACGGGGGUGGAGAGGAGCGAAGACAUAUCAGCUUCAAUCAACGCGUAGACCAGUGCAUCGCAGUCGACGUCGAAGACGAUAGCGAUGAAGACGAAGACGGGGAUGAGGACGAGGAUGACGUCGACGAAGACGAUUCUGACGGCGAGUACAGCGGACGUAGGGGCAGCGCGAAUGAGACGUCCGAGGACGAGACGCCUUCGUCAGAUGACGAGGUUCUCACAAUGAAGUCGAGCCCGAGAACGUCGCCCUCCUGGCCCCUGACCUCUGCGGCGACGGUGAUUUCGUCACGCGGCUCAAGCCCGGGCUCUGAUCAUCAGACAAUUGCCAAGCUGGCGCCCACGUUGUUGAAGACCAGCGAGACAUUUCCAGGUCCUUCGCCUGCUGUCGUCGACCCUACCGGCUUCAAGCAACUACAUUUUGGCCCCAACGGCGAGGGCAAUCAGCCAACCCUUGCAAGCCAGUCAUUUGGCUACGACGAUGGUGACGAUGACAAUGAUGCCUCACAGACCCGUUACAGCCAGUGGGACGCAGAUGACGACUUUGGCGGCGACUUCGACUACUUCAACGGUCCUGACAUGAGCGAAUCUUAUCCAGGGGAGAGAGAUGGCUCCAAUCACGGGUCUGCAACCCACAGCUCGACGGACGACGCCAACGAAGGAGAGGAUAUUAACGCGACAGAAGAGAGCAAUAACACGCAAUCAAGUGCUGCAAGAGCUGGACCGAAGAGCAUCCUCAAGCGCAGGCCGAUACCUUCAGAGGCUGAUUUGGCCGCUGACAGUGUCGCUGGCGAUGUCGACAUUCUCGGCACGUCGCAGCCAGCUUCAGCGGCGCCACCAGCGCCCGCUGUGCAUUCGCCUGGAGAGGGUUUCCAGUCUCCAACCUCACCCACGUCGCCUGGCUCGCCUUCGUCGGGCGAGAGGGGACGACCGUCGCAGAGGCUAGGGAGUUCGGCCAGCUACGAGAGAGUUCAGGAUGCAAGUCGAAGUGGAGGAGUUGCUGCUGCAGGAAGCAGCGGUCGAGGGAGGAGCAGCUCCAAUGGCAGCAUCGCAUCUUCCUCGACGAGUCCGACCCCGACAGGGAGCGGUAUGGGCGCGGACGACGGUGCCGGCGGGAGUUUUGCCGGUGGCAGUGGCAGUGGCACCGUCAACAACAACAGCAGCAGCAGCAGCAGCAGCAGCAACAACACUUACCGACCAUCUGAACGUCGCGAAUCCUUUCGAGGCCGAGCAGGCGACGGAGCAAAGGCGAUGGGACCGGGGCAGCAGUCUGGCCCAGCGUCGGCGCCUCGACUAGUCCGAGGUGCCAACCAGGGGCAGUCUGCUUCUGGAACAGCCGUUGACUCAGACUCGGAUGGUAGGGGCAGCUUCGUUUUUGCGAGUCCAAACUACCCUGCCAGCCCGCUGUUGGGCGAUCGCAAGGAGGGCGAAACGGAUGGCUCAGAUGGCCUCAGAACAGGCGGCGACGGAAAUGAUGCCAAGAUGUACGGACGACGAGAGGACGACUCAAAGUGGGCCGACGAGGGCGCCCCCACUGCGGUUGCCUCGUCUCCCGUACAAGCCAAGAAGAGGAGCAGUGCCAGUGGCAAGAAGGUGAAGAAGCAGCAAGCAGGCGACGAGUAUGUCGAUGACAACAACGAAGGACACCAACGCUUGAGUGUCGAUCUGGAAAAUUUGCCCAGAGUUGAUGCGAGCAAGAGCCCAGAAGACGCUCCCGGGGGCCCCACGCCACUGAACACGCCCACGCUGGCGCUGGCCAAGUCACGGUCCUCUGCCAGACAGCGAGGAGGCUCGACCUCUACUGCUGGACGGUCGACAGAUGAGGACAGCAAGGCGCCGCCGAGUCCGACGAUUCCGAGGCGAUCAAGUGCGACGGGUGCUCUUGUUGCCCCCAGCGAUGCUGAUCGAGACGCCGGUGUUCGCGUUCCCCUGGCCCACGACUACGUAGAAGAAGAUGAAGGCGGCAUCGUGGGGAGGGCCGUCGAGAUUGUCAACACAGCUAGGGAUCUCAUCGGUGCCUUGCUCGGGACCGGCGGCGAUCGGGGCCGGAGCUGGAGGGAGGCUUCAUGA